AUGAGUCAAUCUUACGGAGCAGGGAAUGAUAAUAUGGGUCAAGGAGACGACGAUGAAUUUAAUGGCUAUUUCGAAGAUCUAGACAACGAUCUUAUGCCGAAUAACAAUAAUGGGCAAAGGGUUGAUACGAAUGCUGGAUUGAUCUUCAACAAUGAGGUAGACGUUAAUGAUAAUGACUUUUUGGAUAUUUAUAAUAUGAGUCCUAGAGAAAGACUGAUGUAUAAUUUGAGGAAGAACACUCAAAAAUUACAGUUUUUUUUUCAAUCAUUACGGUUGUGGCAGCAGAUUUUAAUAGUCCUUUUCGGAAUAAUGGUUAUGAUAAUGGGCGUUUUGUUGCUAGUCUUCCAUAGCACAAUUUUACAUAAGGUUGUUGUUACUUCAAACGAGUUAAAAGAAAAGAUGUCAACACAUUUCAUUUUGAUAGUGCUAGUAUUUUUUGUCGCAUUCCCUCCUAUGAUCGGAUACUCUUUACUAUCCACCACUACUGGGUUAAUAUAUGGCGUCAGCUUUGAAGGAUGGAUUACGCUUGCUUUCGGGUCUGUGACAGGCUCUAUUGUCUCUUUUAUUGUUUUUAAGACUAUUCUACAUUCAAGGGCAGAGAAACUGGUGCAUCUGAAUAAAAGGUUUGAGGCACUGGCUUCUAUCUUACAAGAAAAUAACAGUUAUUGGAUUUUAGCUCUACUAAGAUUAUGUCCAUUCCCGUAUUCUUUGACUAAUGGUGCUAUAGCUGGUGUUUAUGGCAUCUCAGUGCGCAAUUUUUCUAUUGCCAAUAUAUUGACAACGCCAAAACUUUUCAUCUACUUGUUUAUCGGUUCUCGUAUAAAAAGUCUUGCAGAAUCGGAAUCUACUGGGUCUAGGGUAUUUGACGUGGUAAGCAUUUUAGUCACCCUAAUAAUUUUAAGUCUAACAGCAUGGCUCCUUUACUUCAAAACUAAGAAGAGGUAUUUGGAACUACAAAACCGAGACCGUCAAGUAUCUCCUGAUCGACUACCGGAAAUGUCCUUUGAGAUAUAA